AUGCACACGUCGUUACCGCUCCUCGCGCUCUUACCGGUAGCCGCCGCAUCGAUCUGGGGGACAUGUACGCCGCAGACCACACAGACACCGCCGGUCAGCACGAGGACAUAUCCCACGACCCUGACCGAGAUCCACUCGUGUAUCCUGAACUUCUCCGCAGUUGUGCCGCCGUUCUUCGACAGAACGCAAUUCUCCAACCUCGACCAGACACUGACGACGCUGGCGCCGUUUCCUCGCGCGCCGACUUCAAUUCCAUGGACCCAUGCUGUCACUGUGGAGGGGGUUCUCAGUCGAACGGAAUGGGUCGGUGGAGGGCUGGUGCAGACGUUUGUGUCGAGCGUGACGGAUGUUGAGACGGUUGUUCUAGACACGAGUAUGGCCUUGGAGGCAGAGGCUACGCCGGUGGAUUUGGAGGCUCAUUGA